CUUUCUCUGCGUCCAACGGCAAAUCUUGAAGUAAAUAACGCUAAAGGGGGCAGGAACAGUACGAGCGCAGCUUGCGAAAAAAUCCAACACAUCCGAACUGUGUUGCGCUGAGCCUUAAUUAAUAGAAAUCGCAUUAUUACACAAACAUGGGGCAGGAGGAUCUCAUGAACACAGCCGAAGACGUGGCAGACCAGUUCCUGCGGGUAACCAAACAGUACCUGCCCCAUCUGGCACGUCUGUGUCUCAUCAGCACCUUCCUGGAAGAUGGCAUCCGCAUGUGGUUCCAGUGGAAUGAGCAGAGAGACUACAUCGAGGGUACCUGGAGCUGCGGCUACUUCCUGGCUACGUGCUUUGUGCUGCUUAACCUCAUAGGACAGCUGGGUGGCUGUGUCCUCAUCCUCAGUAGAAAUUUUGUACAGUAUGCCUGCUUUGGACUAUUUGGCAUCAUAGCACUACAGACUGUUGCAUACAGCAUUUUAUGGGACCUUAAAUUUUUGAUGAGAAACCUCGCUCUCGGAGGUGGUCUGCUCCUGCUGCUGGCUGAGUCUCGUUCAGAAGGAAAAAGCAUGUUUGCUGGAGUCCCCUCCAUGGGAGAGAGUUCGCCAAAGCAGUACAUGCAGCUGGGCGGUCGAGUACUGCUAGUGCUCAUGUUCAUGACUCUGCUUCACUUUGACUCCAGCUUCUUUUCUAUCCUGCAGAAUAUGGUUGGGACAGCCCUCAUCAUCCUGGUGGCCAUCGGCUUCAAAACUAAGCUUGCGGCAUUGACCCUCGUCUUGUGGCUCCUGGCUAUCAAUGUGUACUUCAACGCUUUCUGGACCAUCCCCGCCUACAAGCCCAUGCAUGACUUCCUCAAGUACGACUUCUUCCAGACCACCUCGGUCAUCGGCGGUCUGCUGUUGGUGGUGGCACUUGGACCUGGCGGAGUGUCAAUGGAUGAGAAAAAGAAAGAGUGGUAGGCAAAAGGGGGGUAAGAUAAGAGGAUUGCACAGCACCACUAACUUCCCCCACAGACCAGGACACAAAGACCCUCCCUCUCCUCGGGUUCCCCCCACCAGGGUACUGUGUUUUGGUUUUUUUUUGUUUUUGUUUUUUCUAGCCUACUUUUUAUUUGGCCAAAUCCACAGACACCACCUCACUCAUCGAUGGAGAAUUUUCUUUCUACUUAUCUCCAGACGGCUGUUUUUGUUUUUUGUCGAGCAUCUUUAAUGCCAGGUUUUUUCUAAACCCUUCUUGUAUGUCCUCUUUGUUCCAUGACAACAAGAAUAAAAAAACAGUAGUGUAUUUCAAAGUGCAAGGUAAACAACUAUAAGUGGAAGAGAAGAUUUAUUUGUUCUGAGUGCAGGAGGAAUGAAAAUAAUUUAUUGUAUUUUAUUGGUGUAAUGCCAUAAGUUAUAAUAGAUUAACGUUCAUAUUUUCUGAGUAACACCGGCAAAUUGGAUCUAGCACAGCAGUUUGGGUUCGCCCCUGUGGAUGCUGAUCUUUUCCUGCAGUUGGAUCUUGCCGUGUCUGAGAUUUACUCCCUAUAUCGAUCCUGAGAACUUGGGCACUGAUUUGACAGCAACUCGUCUCAACUCUCCAGGUUCCAGCUCCCCUCUUUUUUUUUUUUUUCUCUGACACUCUAGCCUUUCAGUAGUACAUCUGUACACCUUCAAUCUCAACUGACUCUUGUUCAUGGGGAGUUGAAUCUGGGGGGGACGUAUACAUUGUGUACAAAGUGGUGGAUUGCAGUCAUGCUUGAUUGAAAAUUUCAACACAGUUGUUAGCUCCAGGACUUGUUAUUGGGCACUUUGUACUGUACGUCUUUGGCAAAUGCCUAACUAGUGAACUGUAUAUGAUCGGGGACAAUAGUGGGGGGAGGCUCAACGUUUGUGAAAUACCAUAUUCUGCGAUCUAGACAAGCAAAGAGGACUAAGCAGAGUCACUAGCCACCUGGACUUGUCUUUGCUUAGUGUUUUUUGCCCUGUGUAAGAAACUAAAAAAAAUUCAGUGUAUUGAUUUUCAGAAGUUUAUAUUGUAUUUUUGAUCAUUUGUUUUUUGAUUUUGGAAGUUCAUGGCGAAGAAAUAAAAUUCAAAAA